AUGCCUACUACAUCUGUCGCGCUCGCUGCUUUAGCAUUCCUGGGGCAAUCAUUGGUACCUGCAGUCCAAGCUAGCAGUGUCCCUGCUCAGGCACAGGUGAUCAACCAAAGAGCUUUCAACGUCUUGGGUACGACUCAGCCGCCAACCGAAUUCAAUGCGAAGAGCCUUUUCGUUCCUCCAGGACACACGGAACAUAGCCUGACUGAGCGCCCGUUCCAUGUGUACGACAAGGAAUUCUUGAAGAUUAUCGGGAAGGCUCCGACUCUCACCCGGAUUGCGCACUCGCCCAAGGACCCCUUGUAUCACGAGGCAGUUGUUUGGUCAAAGGAAACAGAGGAAGUGUUCUUCGUCCAGAAUGCAGGUGCCAAGAACGCCAGCACCGGCUUACACAAGUCGGCCAUUAUCGAGAAGAUCUCUCUAGCGGAUGCAGCUGCUGUUUCUAGUAAGCGUGAUGCUGCGGGUGAGGUCAAAAUCUCUACAGUCCCUUCAUCGCCGAUGGUGAUCAAUCCAAACGGAGCCACCAACUAUCGGGGAGAAAUCAUCUUCACCGGUGAAGGCCAGGGCAACAAUACUCCUCCUGCACUCUGGGUAAUGAACCCACAAAAGCCAUUCAAUACAACCGUUCUCCUGAACAAUUACUUCGGUCGCCAAUUCAACUCUUUGAACGAUGUAGCAAUUCACCCAAAGAACAAGGACAUCUAUUUCACAGAUACAAUCUACGGAUACGUGCAGGAUUUCCGUCCUGCUCCAGGUCUGCAGGAUCAAAUUUAUCGCUUCAACCCCGAUACCGGAGCUGUCACCAUCGCGGCCGAUGGGUUUGAUCAUCCCAAUGGAAUGACUUUCUCGCCUGAUGGUAAGCAUGCAUAUGUCACCGAUACCGGCAUUGAUAGUGGCUUUUUCGGGUUGGACUUUACUCGUCCCGCUUCAGUCUAUCGCUUCGACGUGAAAGAAGAUGGCACAUUCGAGAACCGCAAGACGUUCGCAUUUGUGAACUCUGGCGCCCCUGAUGGCAUCCACUGUGAUUCUGAGGGUAAUGUUUACGCCGGGUGCGGUGACGGUGUCCAGGUUUGGAACCCCUCAGGCAAGCUCAUCGGCAAGAUCUACGUCGGUUCUACGGCAGCGAACUUCAAUUUCGCUGGAGAUGGUAGAAUGAUCAUUUGUGCUGAGACAAAUCUCUACUAUGCCACUCUGGCUGCUUCAGGAAGUUAUGUUGACAGCGAGAUGUGA